AUGGAGCUCAGCGGCCUAGUGCGAGCCCUGAGGCUGGAGGGGUCGCCCCCCGCUGUCCUGCCGGCAGAGCAAGUCCUCCUCCAAAUCGGGCUGCUCUUCUCUGAGGGGGCCGGCGGUGCCCCCAAGGCCAGCGUGGUCAGAGACCUGGGUGCGCUUGUUGAGGCUGCAGAGUGCCGGUGGCUUUUUGGAGGCGUCAGCCCUGCGACGCUGGGCGAGUUGGUGGCUGCGCUAAUGGCUAAGCAGGAGCAAGAUGCUGCAGAUCUCCCCAGUAAGGACAGCGCGUACGCUGCUGCAGCUGAGAGAGCGGCAGAUGUUGGCUCUGUGUUUCUACACCUCCUUGCGAAGCUGGAAGCUGCCAAGACCCAGGAGUCUCUGGGCGUCCCCACGGUGGGUCCAAUCCUAUGCCGCGUGAUGGGACCCAUCUACAUCUUUGCUGCAACACAUAUUGUGGAGAGGCCCUGGACAAGUGCGAGGUCUCGGUCGGUGGCACAGGAGCUGCUGGUCUUGCUGGUUCAGGCUGCAGGCUGCAGGUCGGUGGCUGAAUUCCUUCGGGGAAAAAAUGAAGAUGAGGAAGGAAAAUUUGCAGCAGUGAUGGGGCUCCUGAAACAGGAGUUAACCAAAGACACUUGGAAGCGUAACCCUGCCACGAAGCAUGUGUUCUCCUGGACGCUGCCUCAUGUCACCCGGCCCUGGCUCAGCCAUUACCUGGAGCGUGUCCUCCCGCCAUCGCUGCUCAUCUCAGACGACUAUCGGGAGGAGAAUAAAAUCCUGGGUGUGCGCUGCCUGCAUCAUAUAAUUCUCAACGUGCCAGCUGCUGAUCUGUGCCAGUUCAACAGGGCUCAGGUUGUGUACCAUGCCCUUUACAACCAUCUCUAUUCACGAGAGGCCCCUCUCAUCCAGGCAGUACUGCUGUGCCUGCUGGACUUGCUGCCGAUCCUGGAGAGAGCCCAGCGGCAGCAGAAGCAGGCCAGACCAACCUCCCCCUGCGAUGAGGUGCUGCAGCUGGUUCUGACCCACAUGGAGGCAGAGCAUCGCCUUGCGCUGCGGCGGGUGUACGCCAGGACCCUGCCUGCCUUCGUGCAGAGGCUUGGCAUCCUGAUAGUGCGACACCUGAAGAGGCUGGAGCGAGUUAUCCUGGGAUAUCUGGAAGUCUGUGAUGGCCCUGAGGAAGAAGCCCGACUGGGAAUACUGGAGACACUGCAAUGCACCAUAGAGCACGCUUGGCCCAGAAUGCCGUGCAGACUCCCUGUGCUCCUCAAAGCCCUGCUGAAGAUGAUCUGGGACGUACACACUGACCAAGGUUCAACGCCAGAGCCGGUAAAAGCCGCCUUGCUCCAGGGGGCCACCGAAUGCCUCAUCCUGCUGGAUCGCUGCUCUGAAGGGCAAGUGAAGGUCCUGUUGGAAGGCGUGUACAGCAGCUGUGAGGAGAACCGUGUACGGGAAUGCAUCAGAAAAGUGCAAGAGAACACGUGAGGCGUGGCAGAUCAAUGCUUACCCUGCUUUUUGUACAGUAAAUUUUUUAUAUUUAUUUAA